GUGCUUAUAGAUACAGAAGUUUAUAGAUAGAAACUAUCUAAAAUGGGGAGCGUAGCACUUUAUUGUCUGUUGUUUUGUUUUGUUGCUCUUGGUAACAUACAAGUCAGCGUUGGCUCAGACCAUCAGAUUGCACAAUCUGCCUGCAUGGGCGUGGCCCAGGAUGCUGCAUACGUGUCAGCAAUACCACGUAGCUGUUCUGGUGGAAAGACUUGUGAAAGUAUUUGUGCAGAUGCCACAUCUACUAUGAAUGAAUAUUCAACUGCUGGAGGCCCCUUAAGCACAGCUCUUUGUGUUGAUGCUUUUCACAUUUACUCAAGACGUGGACAGGAGGAUGUCCAAUACCACCCAUAUGUAGUCUCAUGGAAAUAUGGUGUCAAAGGGUGUUUCCAAACUAACUGUGGACCCAACUUCUGCUGUUGUGUCGUUUAAGCGAAAACAGACUU